AUGUGUGAAUGUCAUCAAGACGUGGUUAAUGAAACACAAUGUUUAGAAGUGAAUAAUCACUUUUCAUUUUGGCUGUACAGAGAUGGUAAAAUUGAAACAUUAAAUGUAGUUAUUCGACCAAUGAUUUUGAAAGAAAUUUAUGAUGUCAAAUCAAUAUUAGUUGAAUGUCCAUUUUUUAAACGUUCAAUUAUUGAUUUUUCAAUUUAUUGUUCAUUUAAACCAAAACAUAACUAUAUUAUGAUGUCAAAAAAUAUGAUAUUAUCACAUGCAUCAAUAACAAAAUGGACGGAAAAAUAUGCAUUAUUAGGCAUCGUAUUUGUACGUAAAGAUUAUCGAAAAUUUGGUCUUGGUGAAUUAUUAACAAAUUAUGUUUUAGAAUUAAUUGAACAAAAAUGUGUAUCAUCGAUUCACGCUAAUGUUUUAAAUGAUCAUUUACCAUUUUAUAUACGAUAUGGUUUUAAAGCGUCCUUUACUAUCAUUGGUUUCUCGGGAAAAUUAAAUGAAUUUUUAUAUUUUGAACCAUUAAAAUCUCAAAUAAUUGAAGAAGAAGAUCAAAUUCAAAUUGAACUAUUUGAAAUUACUGAUAUUUUAGAUCUUGCAUCAUAUGAUAGAACCAUUUAUCCAACAUAUAGAAUUAAUUAUUUUGAACAAUUACGCGAACAUACAGUAUCGAUUGCUGGAUAUAUUGCAAAAUCAUCGAAAGAUGGCACUAUUUAUGGUUAUGUAAUUUUAAAUUUUUCUCAAGAUUACAUAAAAUGUGGACCAUUAUAUUGUGAAAAUGAACAUAUAGCAAUGAGAUUGUUAAAACAAUGUGCAAUAGAUUAUGAUGGAAUCAUGCUUUUAUGCAUACCAGAAGAUAAUAGAUUAGCCAUAAAAAUUUUUGAAAAAAAAGGUUUUAAACGUACAGAUAUUUUUCAUCGUGUUCAUUUGGGAAAUAUGUUUGAAACAGAUUUUCAGAAAGUAUGGUCAAUUACAGAUGAUUGGUUUUGUCUAUUGUAG